AUGGCUACACGUAAAAGAAGUGGUUCUGGGUCUAAAAGACACCUGAAGGAGAAAGUUGUACAAAUCUAUGAGUCUUUCUUUAGGGGUGAAGAUUUAACCACUGAUAAUGCCACAUUCUGGGAUGAAUUCUUUCUCCUCAAGCCUAAAAUUCCACAACUUGAAGCUGAGAUUCACAAGCUGUCUGUAGAACAGCUCAUGAGCAUGAAAGAUAGUAUGAAUUUACUUGUAUCACAAUGUAUUGAGAUGUUAGGGCAAGAACAUCACAUAAGAUUGGUGUAUGCACUUCAAACUCUCAGUGCUCUUUUGAUAACAAUGUACCAAAGAGCUGCCCAAGACUCAAAUAUCAACAUUAAAACAGUGUUAAUUGGAUCAGAUAAUCCUGACAUGAAAAUGCAAAAGUUGUUUGAACAUUGUAGCACCAUUUUAUCAGGUGAUGUUCCAGAUAGUUUAAAGUCAAUGGUUCUAAAGCUUCUUCUAGUAAUAGCAACAGGACUUGACAACAUAGAUGAAAAUCCUCUGGUUGAGUAUUUUAUGCAGAACUCAUUGUUUGAGUCUCUAAUACAAUUACUUUGCACCUCUACAGAAAGACAACACCAUGGGUAUGAUGUGGUCAUGCUGUUGAUGUUUUUAGUAAACUAUAAAAAACAAGAAUCUGCUAAUCCUUAUGUUGUGAAAUUAUCCAUACUAGAUGAUGAAUUAGCUUUAAAUGGGUACGGACAAGUUAUUACGGCAGCUCUGAAUGACUAUGUGAUGUCAACAUUUGGCAGUAUGCAGGGAGGUGGAAGUGGUGGUGGUUGGCUCUCUUCCUUCACAAGUAUGGUUGGCGGGAUAUUCAUGACCAGUGAUGAGACACAACCAGUUAUCAGAGGACAGAGGGGCAGUGGUGCUGAAGAAGGAAUGUUACUGGCAUUGUAUGAGGCAGCUCAUUUGAAUCGCAACUUUAUGACAACACUGGCCCAUUCCUCGUCAGCUGCAGCUUCAUCAGCACCGCCUUCUCCGCCGGCUACGUUACCACCUCAUCAGACUCCGCCAAAUUUAAGUCAAAUACAAGCUCUUGAUAAUGAGCAACCUACCAACUUGCUAGUCACAUUCUUCCAAUAUUGUUCCAUUGUAAUGGCAGACACACGCAACGAAGCUAGCAUUAAUAAAUGCAGUCUAUGUUUCAUAAUACUUACUUGUAUAGUAGAAGAACAAUUUGCAAAUUCAAUUAUGCAUGACCAGAAUCUUACUUUUAAGGUACAACUGUAUAGGCUCCCAAUGCGUCAUAGAAAAAUUGUUCUCGAAGAGCCACCAUCCCAGCCAUUGGCAUCUACUCUAAUAGAUCUCCUCGUCGAGUUCAUAAUGUGUCAUUUACUAAAGAAGUUUCCUGGGGAACUCUAUCAGUUGUGCAUAGGGGUGUUAUUGCGACUACUUAGCUACCAAAAGCGAUGUCGCGUGAGACUAGCUAGAGACUGGCGACCUCUAUGGGCUGCACUGAUUGCCCUCUUAAAGUUCUUAGUUACGAACGAGAGCACUUUACUGAGGAGACAUAACAUUUUCAUCAUGAUCCAACAGGUCGUGAACAUAUUCAACGUGUUUAUCACGUUUGGCGAUACCUUCUUGCCAACCCCUGUAUCUUAUGACCAAUUGUACUACGAACUUAUCCGGAUGCAUCAAGUAUUCGAUAAUCUGUUUUAUAUGGCGUUGCGAUAUUCGACCAGUGAUGGUGAAUUUAAGGCAGAGGCGCUGCGUCUAGCCAACUGUUUGGUAAAUGUUCGAGCUAUUAUACAACACUUCUCGCCCAAGAUUGAGGCCUGGCUGGCCAUGCAAAACCUUUCCACACCCACUGAAGAUCAGAUUCUAGAAGUAGUCAGAAAGAAUUAUGACAGUCUGAUCCUGAAGCUACAAGAGGGACUAGAAUCGUACGAGCGGUACUCAGAACGAGAACAUCGUCCCCUCCUGUCGCGUCUAGUGCUGGCCGCGCGGCAGAGAAGCGACAACUCGGCAUUACAUCAUCACACUGCAGCUGCAUUGGAACAUUACACCAGCAUUUCCUGA